AUGGCUGCCACCACUUUGCGCGCGGUCACUCAUCGCUUGACGGCCACGCCGGUCGAUCAAUUGCCCUCAAUCGCUUCGUUCCUUGCAACUUCGUUAAGCGAUUGCGCCGAACUACUUUCUGCCCCGCAAUCCCAAAAACCAGGCAAAUCCGACUCCGAAAAUGCGGUUCAAACCCACAAGCUCAAGACUCGCCUGGCUAGUUUGCUGCAGGACCGCACUGUGGAGGGUCGCUGGACUGCAGUGGUUCUGGUGAAAGCUACUGUCGAAGCCGGGCAAUGGGAGAUUCUCCGCGGUUACGAACCAAUUGUUCGCGGUCUGAUUGGAAUUUUGGCGAAACCCGAUCCUGUGUCCACGAGGAAGAUGUGUAUCAUUACGUUAACCCGCAUCUUUCAUCUUACGUACCAGUAUCCGACUCUCGUUCGAGAGAUCACGACUCCUCAGCUCCCAGCAUUCAUGAACGCCGCCUUAAACCUGGUUGGUACGUUACAGAAGGUUCAAGGGGGCUCAAUUCGAGAACCGAAGCCCAAUACGCCUUUCAUGGAGACGGUUCUACAUGCCAUUUUGGAAUUAGUUCCUCGUCACCCGACAAUCUUUCGUCCAUUCGCAAGCCAGAUUCGGUCUUUGGUGACCAGCCUUCUGAGCUUCCAGCCGCCUGUAUUCUAUCCGGAGCCGGUCAUUGAUGUCGCCAAACAAGUGCUUGUCUCCCUCCACAAAUGUGCACCCAAGGACAAGUCGGGCCCUGCCUGGAUAGAAGAUUGCAAAUCUACCAUCAUUUCUGCCCACCGAACGGCCGAUUUCAUCCUGCGGUCUAUUAAAGAGCAAUGGGAAUCUGUUGAUUCAACAUUGACAGCACCACGACACAACUACAACAAAGGAGUGUCGAUGGAUGCCCCCGAUGCUUUGGGACUUCAUAGCUGGAACGGAAUGCAUGCUGGAGCUCAAAGACUGAUUUCUCUCUUGGAAAUUUUGUCAGGAUUCGUCUCCACGCCAUCAGCCACUGCGGUUGCUCUUCCUCUGGGCCCCAUUCUCGACUUGACCUCCCGCCUUAAUUCUGUGACUGUCCCGGCAAGCGGAGAAGGAUCCGCCACUGUGCAGGCCAACUCUCAAAUUGGUCGUGAGGAGCGUGAGCUGCUGUUCGCUGAACUGCCUCGCAUCCACGUUGCUUGUAUGGACCUAUUGGCACACGUUGUGGUCGUUCUAGAGAAUAACGCUGCUCCUAUCACGCAAAAUAUAGUGGAGCAAGUCACCUGGGUAUUCCGGAACGAACGUUUCAGCAGAGACGUGCGCAUGGCUGUCUAUGAAAUGCUGAGCCCUUUGGUCUCCUUGAACGGCCCAGCUAUGACCAAGCAGAGCGUGAAUUCUAUUAUCCCUGCUAUUCGCUCUUGCUGUUCUGAGCUCCUCCCAGCGCCUGGAGACUCUGCUGUUCAGGCUAAGGCACAGUCUGAUCCCAAGUCUAAGUCGAAACAGGGCCAAACCGCAGUCAAUGCCGAUGCCUUCUUGAACCCUAGCCUCCAAAAAAACGGACACUCUCAAGAUACCCACCGUUUCCCUCAACUCGAACGGGCCGCCUCCGAGCUUCUGCAGCAUGUCCUCGCAUCCGUCCCUUCUGAGCUUUUGGCAUCCGUUCGAACUGAGAUCGACCGCACGAUCAUUCUGACUGCUGACAAGGCUGCAAUGCUCGCCAGCGUCUUGAACCCUGUUCCAGCCGUCCAGGGCCGUGCAGCUGGUGCUAGCGUCAUUCCAUUCUUGGUUCAGGCUCACGCCGAUCAGAUGGAAGUCGAGGCUCUGGUCCGUCCCAGAAUGCCGGUUCUCAUGACUACUCCGGAACUCGACGUCUUUGCCAAUGAGGAAGAUGAGGAGGAGGACGAGGAUAUGAUCGAUGAGUCAUACCACGUUUCGGCGAAAACUUCCGAUUUUCUGAAAGAGCCGGUUGUCGCUUCUACCCUGACUCAAAAGGCCGAGGCUGCGGCGCCUUUGCACAAGCGGACUUACGUCGAUGAAACCACCACUCAGCCGGCAAGUCUCUCGUCGGCCUCGAAACAGCAGUUGCAGUCCAAGAAGGCCCGGUUUGAAGAAAGCGUCUCUUCUUCCGUCUCUCAGCCUGCCAAUAUCGAAGCGACAAGUGGGCCAAAACCAGUUCAGGUUACUUCGCAAGUGUCUUCCUCUUCGGUGGCCCCGCAGCCCUCUGCUGAUGCAUCCUUGUCUGUGGACGAUAGCGAUGACGAAUUACCUACUCUGAACAUUGACUCUGACACUGAUGACGAGGACGAUGAUGAUGAGGACGUCAACAUGGGAGGUUGA